GCAGGUUACAACUUGCAACAACACAUUUCUGGUCCGUGUCUAGGACAAGUGAAUGAAAAACAACAAACAUAAAUGUGGUGGCCAGCCUUCUCUUAAACAAGUCUCACCGCUGUUGUUUCCAGUAGUGUAGCUAUCACAAAAUAACAAUAAUAAACAAACCCUUUUAUCUUACAAAGUACCUUUGGAGAUUGAACCUUAAUAUUUUAGUCCCUCGCUAAAAUUCUUUUACAUGGAGAUGUCAGGUUACAGGACUGCCUUGCUGUGUUGGAUUAUAUUUUUAUCUGUUAUAUAUUUCAGUUGAUCAAAGUGGUUUAAUUUUUCACAGAAAAUGUCCAGUCAGACAGAACCAUGGAAACAAUGCAAGUCUACAGGAAAUUUCAUCAGAUCUUCAAGAUUUGCACAGAGGCUUGCUCCUAUGAAAGCCAGUCACAGCUUGGGUUACAUCCCAUAUACAGAAUCAGACAGUGGUUUCAGUUCAAGUUAUCAAACAAAAAGCAAUUCUGCUUCAAAGUUGGAUGAAUUCCAGCCAUCAACCUUAACACGGUCCAGUUCACUAAGUCAGCUCAAUAACUGGGCAUCAGAAAUGCGACACAGCUAUAGUAAUUCAAGGCUGAACCGAAGUUUUUGCAGCUUCGAAAGUAAUGAUCCUAUUUUGAAGGAACUGAGAGAUUGUUUGGAAGACAGUGAAAACAGAAGAACAAACUUAAUUGAGAAGCUGAAAGAAGCACAGAAAAAUUUACAGAGUCAAUAUAAUAAAGUACCAGGACAGGGCUGUGGAUUGGCUGAACUGCUAAAGUAUUGGACAAAUUGUUUUGAGGGUCAAAGUGACAGACUAUCCAAAAUUGAAAUCACUUCCAAAGGUAACAGUUCAAUGCUGAAUGAACUGAAAAAGAAAGAAUUGGAUUACAAGAAGAAACUUCUGGAAUUAGAAAAGAUGAAGACAGAAAGAAACCAACUGAAAAUAGAAAAGAAACGUUUGACUGAAGAAAUGCAACAGAGACUUGACAAUGUCCAAACCCAGUUGCAAACAUUGCAGUCUCGUUACCAAAUUUGUCAGAAAGAAAAUGAGAAAAGAAUGAAACUUCUGGAACAAUCAACAGAUGCUAUCAAGAUGGUGGAGGAGGAAAAUUACAAACUUAUCAGGGAAAAAGGAAAGAUCAAAGCCGAAAGUGAUAUUUUCAAAGAAUCUUUGGGGACUCUCCAACUGAAGUGUACAUUAUUAGAAGAGAAAAACAAAACUCUUGAAAAAGACAUCAGUACUGUGAAGGAAGUACAACAUCAAAUAAUUGCCACAGGGUAG